CUACCAGCGAAGAAAUCAAAAUGGCGCGGGAAGCCGAGUUGUCCGCGAUUAACGAAAUUUACAGCACAGUGCGUUUCAAAACUGGUCAAAAUUGACCACUGUCAGUUUUCUCUUAGAGCGACAUGAAGAAGCAAGGGAAUAAAGGCAGAGAGCUUUUGAAGCCAAGUCCCAAUGAAGAGGCCAUCAUACUCCAAAGUGAGAAGGAAAGAAGGAAGAAACUUCGUCUCAAACAGAUCAGAGAACAGGAGAAAGCAUUUUCACGCAAAGUGCUAGAAGAUGCAAGGAAAAGGAAAAAUGUUGAACUGAAAGAGCUGACCUGUCAUCUCAAGGACCAAUGGGAUAGUGAACACAGUAGGCAGCAAUCAAAUUUGGAGAAAAAAUAUCAAGAAAACUUGGCAGAGUUUGGAUUAGGACACAAAACAGCUUCUGAGGACCAAACUGAAUACACCAAACCAGAACUAACUGAGGAGGAAAAACAGAGGGCAUUAGAAAGGUACAAGAAAGCAGUAGAUCAGCUGAUGUAUGAUAGGGCCAAGAGUACUCAGUCAGAGCGGGAUCGUGCUGAAGCCAGGCAAAAAGCUUUAGAAACUGAACGACGACGUGCAGCAAAAAUUGCAGCAUUACCUCCACCUGUGGAUCCAAUUGGGGACCUGUAUCUGAGGAAAGAUCAGUCAGUUCCCGACCAGAAAACGCUGGACAGCUUCACUGCAUCACGCUUUCAUUUGCACCCUUCUGUACAUGUAGAAAGAGAUUUGGAUCCAAACCAGGAGGAUGCCCGAGAGGCUGCCAAAGAUGAGGAAGAAAGAAUACAGAUUAUUAUGGAGGAAGUGCAGCGUGACAAAGCAGAACAGAUAGAGAAGGCUCGACUGAGACACAAACAUGCAUUGGCACAACUGCAGUUGGAAGAAGAUCACAAGAAACUGAUGGAAGAGCUUGACAGUUUAGAGAGACAUGAUCGUCAAAGAAGGCAAGAAGCUGUGGCAAGAAUCCCGGUACGUAUAUUUCAACCACCUCACAAAAGAUUGGAAGAUGCUGAGGAUCGACAGAGAGACUUGGAGCAAGCAUUUGAAGACAUGUACAUGCUGCAGACAGGUUACACAGGUGACCUGACUGUCACCCUUGAACCUUCUGAGUCUUUAAGGCCAGCAUCACAAGAUAGUUUACAGUCAGAGAGUGAUCAGAGUGCUUCUGAAUCUGAGGAGGCCAAAGAGCCACCACAAAGUGUGCCCAGUACCAUUGUUCCUGGUAGGGGCUCAGAGAGAGUGGAGCAUGAUGACGGACCAGAAGCAGACCCUGAAAGAGCACCUUCUGGGGAUAGUGCUCCCAAGGGACCCUCUGAAGAUCCAUUACGGCGCCUUUUGCAGAGGAUUGAGAGACAGCGUGACCAGUGGAGGAGGAGACCACCUACUGAAGAAGCUCAACCACAGGCUGCUGGAACAACAGGCAUCCCUCAUUCUGUGCCUUCAACUAAACUUCCACUAAAGAAACAAGAAUUCAGGAUUCCCGAGACCAUUCCAUUCUCUACUACUCCUAAGCAAAUUGCAGAUGCAGAAUUGUCUAAAGUGGAGGAGGAAGCAGAAGAAGAUGGUGGACAUGACGCAGCUGAGGUAGAGAAUAAGCCUCCAGGCCCUGUCCCGGACCAUGAUAGUGGCAUGUCGCAUCCAGCUGUGGACGGGGCACGGACAUUACUUCAUCCAUUGGAGGCUGCGCAAAGGUCACGCACUACCACACCCAUAGGAAGAGCACCCACAGCACAACUAAGCCAACAGGAGGCUCUACUGGAACAACAAAGACUAAAACUUCAACUACAGCAACAAAAUCUCCUUCAGCAACAGUUGGAACAGCAGCUGCAAGAAUACCAAAGACAGCUAGCUGAUAUUUAUGGACAUGUUGAUGUGCCUGGGGGGCCCUUAGUCCCUGACUUAGGGCCCUCAGGGAGAAUGUCUUUGGAAGAGCCAUCCCUAGGCGGAUCCCCUUAUGAAGGGGCCUCAUCUCUUCCAGACACGACUUUGGAGGAACCAGAAGGUGUGCAACAGAGCCCCCUCCAUUUACAAGCCCCUUUCAACACAGCCCUCCAGACUGUGGUCCCCAAGAGCUCAUCAAGAGAAGGGUCCCCACUGCUAUCUGAGACACUGGAGUCGUCAACACUGGGAAGCGUAACUUCCGAUGAAACUGUGAAAAUAUCAGAAUUCCAAAGAACAUUGGAAACAGCACGUGCCACGGCGGAAAAAGCAGCUCAACUACGGCAGAAAGAAAGGAACGUUUUACAGGAGCUUAGCAGAGUACCUUUGGAAGAUGUACCAUUCAGAAGUGACCAUAUCCUUCCAGAGAAAGAUGUAUCUUCUGGAAGCGCUUCAAGCCUUCAAUCCAACGAGCUUGUUAAUGUUUCAACCCCAUCGACUCUUUCACUUAGCAUGACAUUACCCUCUGAACUUAGCGUGACAGCGACCAUGUCACGCACCACUCAAUCUGGUUCAUCUUCUCGUGAAUCUGACCAUGCAUAUCCAUUAACCUCUCAAAUUCAGUCACGUUUCUCUGAUGUCAGCAAAACUGUUAGCGUAACAACUGCAGCAUCGUUUCUUACGAAGAUUUCUCAAAACGAAUUCUCUCGACCACUGUCAUCCAUUCCUCAACAAUAUUCGGUGUUAGCCUCAGGAUCCGAAACUUCCACUCGCACCUCCAGUGCUCUACCAUCUACUGUAUUAAGCAGUGGCAUUGCAACAGAGGUCCCUGGCAGAAAUUCUCUAACGGUUGCUUCUUCCAGUGGAUCAGUGCCAUCAAGAGUGUCACAGCCUUCUGUUUUUCAACCAUCUAUUGCUCGUUCAGGUUAUUCUCCAGGGUAUGUAGACUACUAUUAUCAAAAGAUCGAGGAAGAACGUCAGCUUUUUGAAGCGCAGAGAAACCGCAUCCGGCGUUAUAGUGACUUAAUAUAUAAGAAAACAGCCCUAGAAGGUCCAGAAGAUCAAACGUCUCAGGCCUCAGGAAGCAUGAGAAAAAAUGUGCCUCCCACAGGGCCUCUCGUGAGAACGAGCCCUUAUAUUUCAGACCAGUAUGAUAGGGUCCCUUUGCAUCUAGAAAGGAAUAUAGAAGACACAAAUAAGGAAAAUCAGGACUACAUUGCAAAUUCCACAGGAUUUAUAGGACAGGACAGAUUACAGGAUAUUUCAAAGAGGCUUGGCGCCUUCGAAAAGGCGUUAACCACCGGAUCUUAUUCUACGGUUGUGACUUCCAGUUACACUUCAAAGCCUUUGAGAACGAGUGAUUGGAGUCAUGGAUCUAGUACAGAGUACAUGUCACUUCCACGUGAAGCUGCUAGAGUAGGUGCGACUGGUAGUGCAGGGUCAACUUUGUCUUCCUUGUCCGAGCUGACGGAAAUGAUGACGAGAUUGACGUCAACAAGUGAUGAAUCUGACAUCACAUCCCUUAAGUCACGUGACAUAUCAGGUGCCAAAGAGGGACUGCCUUCAUGGGGCCGCCGUAAGCAUGUUGUUUAUGGCCCUGAAAUGGCUGCAGAUGCAGGAUUUGGUUCCUCUGUUGGACAUUUGUCAUUAAUUGGCUUAGAAGGGAACAUUAACAUGAGGGGUUCAUCUAGAGAUAAGCUUUAUGUUCCUAGCAGUUUUGUGUCCUCAAAAGCAAAUGGGGCCCAGGAUGUUGCUCACGCAUGUGUUCCCAUGAGAAUAAGCACCACAUCAUCUGGGGUUGUUGAGCCCCAUUUAAAUGCAUCGGGGUCACGCUGGACUAGGGGCUCAGGUGGAAAGCAGUGGUUUGUACUUUCACGAUCGCACACCUUGUCAUCUGGUGGAGGAAUUUUAGAGAAAGAUAGUGACAUCCCAGGGGAGGUGGGGACGGACAAUGUGUUCCCUGAUGCCUCUGAAAAGAUAGGUCCUGUAUCAGGCCGUGAGGAGACUGGAUCCGUGGCAUCUGUUUCUUCAGGCAGUCUAUCUUCUGGCACUGUGCAGUCUGGUAUUAGUGACGAUAGACUUCAUGAAUCAUUUGCCACAAAUGUUGAGCCACGCGGAGUCGAACCAUCUACAAUAUUGUCUGUGUCUAAUGAGACACAAGAAAGUUCCUCUACAAACAGUGAUCUCCCUGAAGACAAUCAAUAAAUCAAGUACUGGAAACUCAGAGGAAACUGUUGGAUAUGAAAUGGAGCAGGACAAACCCCAAGAAUUCCUAAAGAAAACUCAGGCCAGGGUUGACAAGGCCAAAGCAAAGAGAACAUUAGUAAAGCCUCAUUUGAAUGCCAAACAGUGUGGAAAAUUAUGGGCUGUUGGAACAGGACAUUAAAGCGAUUAAAACUGCAAGUUCUAGAGAUGUCGGAAUCAAACAAGGAAAAGAGCAACCAACCAUUUUUGUUACUGAAAGUUGGAAACUAGUAAAAAAAA